UUCGUGAAGCCUCACCAAGCCAGCCAUGGGAUGUUGUGGAGGAUCAGUUGCAAAGCACAAUGACCAGUACAACAACCAUGGGCUGCCUCCUCAGCAUCCCAGUGGGCAAGGACAAGCAACCUUGGAGGGAAAAUGCCAGAUGCUAUAUCCUGACAUUACCACCUCAUUAUCAAGCCUACCAAGGACAUGCCUUACUACUGCUCACAUCCAAGUAUCAUGUCGCCCAACCAUCUAACUUGACGUCCAGCCUUGCCUCAGAUGAUCUGAGGUCAAGCAGGGGAUCUCACCUCCAUACCUGGAAAAUUGGGUGUGGCCUUUCCAGACAUUGGGACCACUGGGAAAGCUCUGGAGCAGCCAGAGCACUCUCAGGCAGCAGCCAGGAUGAAUGUGAUCUACCACAUCCAAUUGCUACUGUGAUGCUGGGUGUUUUGUUGAAUAGGCUGCCGCCUCAGAUUUGGACCAGCUGUCAUUGGGUCAUUGGUUAUGAGUUGGCAUCUGUCUUUCAACAUUCCAUUGGCUCUACAUGCAGUCCUCUCUCUUCAGUCACAUUCUACACUAUACUCUGUGGUGCAGGCACACUUUUGAGCCAUACAAGCAUGCUCAUCAAGUCCGAAAGGAGAGAAUUUCAUGACAUCAUGAACUGGCAGAGUCCUGUGGAUGAGGCAGAUACUGAGCCACUUACUUCAGAGGUGCUCAACACAACUCUAGCAGAUGAUCCAAGUCCCACAGAUGAAGCAGGCACUGAGCCACUUACAUUAGAGGUGCCAGGUGAAGCUCUAACAGAUGAUCCAAUCUCCAUGGAUAUGGACGCCAAGCCAUAUACCCCUUCAGCUACACAUCACGAUCCCCUUGAUGGUGUUAGUGCACCUGUCAGACUGGACCAUGGACAUAUCAAGGAAACGAGUUCACAUCUAGGUUCUACUGUCAAGCUGCCUGGAUUUUCUAACCCACUGCAUUCUACAUCGAAGAGGCCCAGGUCUCCUACCCUGCCAAUCAAACUUACUGGUACAGCAAAACAUGCAACCAGUCCACAUCUCAUGAAGAAGAUGAAGACCAGUCAUGCUGUCUCCAGUAUGAGCUCUCAUGGACAACAACCCACCGUAAAGCCCCAUGUUGUCAGUCCCUCACAGGGGUCUAGGUCAAGAUUGGAACAGGAUUCCAUACACACUGGACAGGAUGCCAGAACCGAUCAUUCCAAUUGUGUUGAGAGCAUGGAGUCUUCAGCCCAACUUGGCCCCAUAAAGGAAGUUGAUGUGGAGGGGGGCCAGGCCAUCUGCUCCUUCACUUUCAGAUUUCCAAUGCCCCAAAGGAUACUUAUGGGUGCAAUGGCAACACUACUUUUAGCUGGCCAAGAACAAAGUCAUGAAGCCAACACCAGUCCUCACACCAAACAUGAUCCUGACCUGAAUGAUGGACCCUUUAGCAGCCUUCCACGUGAUGUCAGAUCUAAUGCUCAAUGGAAUGAAUCCACCUUGAAUGGUACUGUCAUGUGCACAUUGUUUUCUGAUGCACCACAGGACUCGAACAAAGCAUUCUCAUCUGCCUUGUUAACACCUAGCCCUCCUCUGUUCCCCUGCCUGUCACUUCCCAGUCCAUCACCCCCGACUUUUACAGACCAGGAUCAGUUGCAACUUCUGGAGGAGAGAACUUCAUGUGUGCAGAUCACACAUCUGUCACCCUCAACUUUUAUAGACCAGGAUCAACUGCAACCUCCAGAGGAGAGAGCUUUGCAUGUGCAGAUUGCACAGUCUGUACAUCACCCAUGGCCUUCCAACUCGCUGGGUGAGGACAGCAUACCCGGUCCAACAUCUGGUAUUCUACAAAACCAGAUUUUCGAUGACAGUAGGGCACCUCGUCCUCAUAGUGAACGACCCUCUGGAAGCCUGCCACAUGGUGUUGGGCCUAAUGCACAACAGAAUGAAUUGACUUCCAAUGACCAGGAUCAGCUGCAACCUCUGGAGGAGAGAGCUUUGUGUGUGCAGAUUGCACAGCCUGUACAUCACCCAUGGCCUUCCAACUCACUGGACCAGGGUCAGUUACAACUUCCAGAGGGGGGGAUGUCAUCUAUGCAUACUGUGCAACCUGCACAUUACUGGGAGUUGCCCAGCUCCUUUGGUGAUGGCUGUGGGGGGUCUCCCUCACGUUUUCAACCUGGUACUGUGUUUAUUGAUCUACUGUCACUGUUUUCUACUGACAAAAUCCAAGUAACUGAUUUCUGUGAUGAUUGUGCGAUGGAAUAUGGAGAGGUUGAUCAUGGCAAUGAAGGGUAUGUUGCAGCUUCUACUGAUGAAUCCCAAGCCCCUGGUUUCGAUGAUGACCAUGCCAUGGAACAUGGACAUGACAAUAUCAAUGCCAAGGAUUAUGAUGAAGAUCGGGGAGGCUAUGGAGCAGACUCCAAAGGCGAAGACGAGCCUGUUGGUUUUAGGGCAGCUACAUCAGAGAAUCCAGGUGGAAGCGAGCAAUUUGCAGGACAGCAGCCUUCAAACAAGGCAAGCGAUAGAUGUAUGGAUAUAGCUCUUGAAAGCUCUUGGAAGAACCAGUCCAUGACAAAGGCAGAUCUGAUCGUACUCACAUUGGCAGUACUAGACUUGUGUGAUGCCAUCAUGAUGCAGGGGGCAACAGAAAAAUCAUCUCCAGUGCUGAAAGCCCUCUCUACAGUUGCACCUGCCGACCCCACUCUCAGCUCUGAGGAAGAUCAGGCAGGACAUGGAGGACCCACUGCUGAGGACUUCCAUUUGGACUUCCAUGGAGCACUUUCUUCGGACUGGAACAAACAUGCUACAGAAGUCUUUGCAUCUCACUUCUUUGAAUGUGGAUGGUAUGGUUCUCCAAACAAACACACUAUUAAGAAGGUCUUCCAGACUCACUUGCACACCCUACAUGUGCAGUACAUGAAUUUGCAAGCUGAUAGUGAUCCUGACCAUGAGCAGCGGCAAAUCAAGCAUGACAAAGAAAAAGAGAACACAAGAGAUCAGAGGCACUGCUUGACAGCUACCAAUUGGCUACAAGUAUUUGAUUUUAUUCAUCUUUCCACCCAUUUCAAUGCCAAUGGCCGAGCCAAAUGGGGUGCUUUCCCACACAUACGGGUCUCUUCAUGCCGGGUGGAAUCAUUGGGUGCAGCAGUCCCUGGUUUACCAAGCAAUUUCUAUGAUAGCACCUGGCUCCUGCAUCUGGAUGAUGAUGAUAAAUCCAGGCUUAACGUACUCCCAGAGAUGGAUUUAUCACACAUGGAGGCUGUUUUGAGGGUAGCAGAGAAAUUCAAGGGCAUGAAAGGGAGGAGGCUUGCAAGUAGUGAGAUAUGUGGUUCAUAA